UUUCACGCAUCGGAGGCCAACCGAUGUAAAUCACAUUUUCGUUACGUAACGACGGGAGCAGAAUCUGAACGGCUCGUAGAAGCCACAUCACACUGGACGGCUCAUCCGGGCGGCUGUACAGACACUGCAGAAUUUGGUUGCUUUCCUCCUUCUCUGAGUUGGGAGGCUGAGGGGAGACCACUUUAUAUAUGUUAAAGCAAGAAAAAACGUGUUUUUCAUAAUAGGUCCCCUAGAAAUAAAAAUUAAUUGUGAAUUAUUAAGCUUUAGGGCCAUUAUCGAGCCGAUACCGAUCGGUUGCCGAUCGAUCGGUGCAUCUCUAGUCUUCUUCAUCAGGUUGUUCAGUUUCUGUAAGUCACUGGCUCUGAUGGUGCUUCCCUAACAGAUGGCUAGAAAUGUGAUUGCACUCUCCACAACAGACUUAUAGAAGAUGCACAACAUCUUGGUGCAAAUGCUUAAGUCUGCUCAGUCAUUUCUUAUAAACAGCAUCAGUGUUGCAUCUUCAGUCCAGCCUGUUUUCCAGGUGAACACCAAGGCACUUAUCCUCCUCCUCCACCUCCACUUGUUCUCCAAUGAUGGAAAAACUUUUCGACUUUAUCCUGGUUGUCUCCUUUGUUAUGUUCACAUUGGAGAUGAGAUGGCUGUGUCCACACCAUGCAGCAGAACAGUCCACCAGUCUCUUGUCCAUCAUCGCUACACCCCACGACUACAGAGUCAUCUGAGUAUUUCUGCAUAUGGCAGGAUUCAAACUUGUACUGGAAAUCUGAAGCGUACAAAGUGAAUAGUCAUGUCUCGUAGGAGUUCACGCCUGGUCUCCGGCGGCUACUACAAUUCAGACGAAGAAUCUGAUUCAAGCACCGUGACAAGCAUAUCGUACCGUGAAAGGCCUGUCAAGGUUUUCAAGAAGAAGGCAGGGACCCGCAAGUCUGGCUCCCGCACCCCCAGUAGAUCCAACAGCAAUGCAGGUUCUGACACACCUGAGACACCUGCUGAUGCAGGUUUGAGUCCAUCUCCCUUAGAUAGUCAGAAGGAGCCUACCAUGAGGACCGUACCUUAUGUACCCACAAUUGCGACACCUCGGCCCGCCCUGACAUCGUCAUCAUCAUCCCGGAGUCAGACACCCACACAAUGCCACCCAGUGGCCCCAGAAAGCAGCCCUAAUGCUGCGCUCUGCCCCUCCAGUGUGCCAGGUCUGCACUGCAGGCCACAACACAAGGAGCAGAGUCUGAGUGGCGUGGACAGCUCCGGGUAUUCAUCGUCUGAGGGCACCUAUAAGAUGUCUUUACCUGCCACCGGCAGCAGCAGCACCAAAGUCAGCUGUAAGAGUUGGGCUUCCAGUCCUGGAUACGGAAGCAGAAUCAGCAGUGCCUUCCAUACUCUAGUUGACUCAACCACACUGAGGGCUGCUGAAUUGCAUUCUAAAAUACUGCAUGCAGCAGCUAAUCCCUCAUUCAGCCGUAGGAUGAAGAAAAUCUUUGGUCUGGCUCUCCUCAUCCUCAUCACUCUUCUUUGUGAGUAACAUCAACAUGUAUUUGAAGUUUGCAUGUUGUCAAGUGAAUGUUUCAAACACAAUUUGGAGCAUGUCAUCUC